CAAGUUUCUUCUCAGUGCUCGUUCUGGUACAAAGACUCUCUCUCUUUCUCUCUCUCUCCCCCUCUCUCUCUCUCUCUCUCUCUCUCUCUUACACAUACUCACACACACACACAUAUACGCUAAAACACAAAGCAGAAGUGGACAAAGACACAAGGUUUCAGUUGCCGUGGUUGGCUAUGGCUCAGGGUUCUGACAGCAAUGACACAAGUUACAAGUCUCCAUCACCUGGAAGCAGACCGAGCUCUUCAGAUGAUGUAAAGAAGGUGAUGAGGAGGGAAAAGAACCGGAUUGCAGCUCAGAAGAGCAGGAUGAGACAAACCCAGAAAGCUGACAGCCUACAUUUGGAAAGUGAAAACCUGGAAAAGGAGAAUGCUGCCCUGAGGAAGGAAGUGAAGCAGCUGACGGAGGAGGCCAAGUAUCUGACAUCUGUGCUGAGCAGCCAUGAGCCUCUGUGCACCGGCCUGGCCCCCCAGACCCCUGACCUCCUGUAUCCUCCUCAUCACGGCAGCUACCACCACCAGCACAUCGCUGUAUCACACUACCAGCACUGACCUCAUGUGCUGCGAACAGAUGACUGACCUCAACGGAGAGUGAACGACAGGAGCUGUGUCUAGAAAAUGUCCAUCAUUGUUCAAAAGUGAUCAAGGAGUAAUAUGAAAAGGCUAAUAUUUCUGCCAAACAAUGACAGUGUGGAACCUAAACUGUAACAUACUGCAUUCAGAGCUAUUUAUUUUGCUUCUCCUCAUUUUCUUGUCCUAAUAUAAUCUGAUUAAUAAUAUCAGUGAUCUGUAUGUGAAUUUAAAUGUCACAAUGAGUAGGAUUUCCAACCAGUCUAUGUUUACAAUGGGAGAAAAAGCCAAUCUAACGUAUGUUAAGGUGACUCAGAGGAUAUAGUAUUUUUGUAAAUUGCUUGUUUUUAGUGUCAUAGAGAGCACCUUCAUCAUCCUGUCACGUUUUAACUUUCUCGUGUUUUCCAUGUGUUUUUUCGUCUAUUCACUGUAUAGAUAUAGUUUCAGGACGCUCAGGAGCUUUUGACAGAUGUGAUUGUUGACAAGCAGAAUGUAAAAGGCAAAAAGUGUGGAAAAAGA